GCCCGUUGAAUAUCUUUAUUUUUUCGAUGAAAACAAAUUUGUGUUAAUUAUUCAAAUUGAUUUCCUUGUUUGAAACUCGACCGUGUUCGCUUGUAUUGUAUUUGUGUGUGUGAAUGUGUGUAAAUGUUUCAAUAAUUAAUUGGAAUAGAAAUCACUUUGGAAAGAACACUUUACAAGAUGAAAGAAGAAUCGGAUUUCAUUUGCGAUUCCGUGGUGAGGAAUUUAUUAACUGAAGGAUGCCGUCUGUCCGUGAGAAUGCACAGUAGCGAUGACUGGCCAUUAGCAGAAAUAAUAAGUAUCAAAGAUGUUGGGAUUAUGCGAUAUUAUUAUGUUCACUACAUCGAUUACAAUAAAAGAUUAGAUGAAUGGGUAACUGAAGAGAGAUUAGAUACACGCAAAGUUCAAUACCCUAGAAAAGAUGGAUUGACAACUGGCACAGCUGGUACAGGUGCUAGUACCCCAAAUCGUAAAGCUGAAAAUAUUUCCAUUCUGUCUCAGAGUAGACCAGCUUCUCCAUUAAGUAUCCCUCCUACUGUACAAAAUAAUGAUGCUACAGUUCUAUCCGCUGCAUUACAGAAAAAGAUUGCGAGGAAAAGAAAAAUAGUUGACAAUGAAGAUUCCCAAGAUUUGCCUACACCAACUCCACGUCAGACUGGUUCAAUGGUUAUGCAACACGAUGAUGUUGUCACUCGCAUGAAAAAUGUAGAAAUGAUUGAACUUGGUUUAAAUAGAAUAAGCCCAUGGUAUUUUUCUCCAUAUCCUCAGGAAAUGGUUAACUUGAAGUGCAUAUAUAUUUGUGAAUUUUGUUUAAAAUUCAAAAAAAGUAGAACUUCACUUUAUCGACAUAGUAUAAAAUGUAACUUGAGACAUCCACCUGGAACGGAAAUUUAUAGAAAAGAUUCUAUAUCAUUUUUUGAGAUUGAUGGCCGUAAAAAUAAGUCAUACUCUCAAAACUUGUGUUUGUUGGCAAAACUGUUUUUGGACCAUAAAACAUUGUACUAUGAUACUGAUCCAUUUUUAUUUUAUGUUAUGACUGAAUAUGAUUUAAAAGGAUUUCAUAUAGUUGGAUAUUUUUCUAAAGAAAAAGAGUCUACUGAAGACUAUAAUGUUGCGUGCAUUCUAACAUUACCACCUUACCAAAGAAAGGGUUAUGGGAAACUUUUAAUUGAAUUUAGUUAUGAGUUAUCAAAAUUUGAAGGUAAAACUGGUACACCUGAAAAACCUCUAUCCGAUUUGGGUUUAUUGUCUUAUCGAAGUUAUUGGAGUCAGACCAUUUUAGAUAUCCUAUUGACUGUGAAACCAACACCCGAUAAUGAAAAACCACAAAUCACUAUUAAUGAAAUUUGUGAGUUGACUAGUAUUAAAAAAGAAGAUGUUGUUUCAACCUUACAAAUACUUAAUUUGAUUAACUAUUACAAAGGACAAUAUAUCAUAUCCAUCAAUAAGGAUAUAAUAACUUCGCACAUUGAAUCGUUUCAAAAAAGAAAAAUUCGAAUUGAUUCAAAGUGUUUACAUUGGAAUCCUAAAGAUUGGUCAAAACGUGCUAAGUGGUAAACUAUAGAAGGUUUAUAUUUUGCGAAACUAUAACUAAACCAUGUAUUUUAAUUUUUUACAUAUGAAAUAUAUUUUUAUAUAUAAGA